UUCUUCGUUGCCGCAUACAAUCACCUCGUUGCGGGCUCAUGACUUCAUCCCCCGCCCCCUCUACAUCUUCAUCAACGUCACCUCUCAUCCCAAUCUCUCUCACUGCCUCGUCUCUCGGCUUGCACCUCCUCCCGACAGAAGAAGUCCUUUCCCUCUGCCCCUCCGUCGGCCUCUACGCCGGCUCAUCCAAGCUCCCGCAACAGCAAGAUGGAACUGCCUACCUCACCUCUCAUCGUAUCAUCUACAUCGACAGUCGAGAUGCGCGCACAAGAAGUGGAUACCUGCCACUGGCACAUGUCAAGAUGACAGAAUAUUAUGCGGGAUUUCUAAAGAGUAGCCCAAAGGUGAUUCUCGGCCUGAAAAGCGAUGAUGGCGAGGAUGCUGCAGAGAGUUCCAGAGCUCAGCUAGCAAGGAUGCAAGAUGAACUGGCCAAUGCGACGGCAAGUGCGACGCUCUCAUCAAGACCGGGAGCUCCAUCGUCAUCGACGACGUCGCCCGCCUCGCAAGAGAGAUGGAUCUGCCCCGUGUGCAGUUUCAGCAACAACACCGGGCCCACGGACGGCGUGGAUGCCUGUCAGCUCUGCGGUGUCAAGCGUGAUCCCAGGGCAGUCAUAGUUGCAGCCCCUCCACCAGCUUCGCGACCGCGACCGCUGUCCUCGUCAAAUGCCGCAGCGCCUCCGGCCACUAAGGAUACUGCACGCGUUGAAAUCGCGUGCCCAACUUGCACCUUCCUCAAUCAUCCCUCAAUGCCUCGCUGCGAAAUCUGUGACUCGGCGCUGGGUAACGAAUCGAUAGGGACUCCGAACGCAGGAGGAGUACAGACGGGCGUGUCCUCUCUCACACCUUCGCCUGGGACCACACCGCGUACUCGCCCCUCAACGCCUGCACCGCCCCUGCCUGCGGAAACGACGGUCAAGCUUUCCUUCCGCAAGGGAGGCGACAGGGCAUUCAACGAGGCGCUGGGUCAGGCAAUGCGGCGUGCAGCUUGGAAGGCCAGCAGUAGCACCACCAGUACCAACCACAAGUCCAGCGGUCGCCCCUCUCCUGCCCCAUCACCCCGUCCGCCCCCUUCACGAAUAGACAUCGACGGGCGCUCUACCCCCUCCUCUUCAGCAUCCACGGGUCCAGUCGUGGGAAUCGACGGCCUGCUGACAGCGUACAACUCACGUUCAGCAGCUCAGAGAUCAGACAUGUCCGAUGCUCUGCGCGACUUGGAGGCAUUCAUGGCAAAGGCGAAACAGAUGGUUGAUCUGGCGGAGAACUUGAAUGCGAGGCUGACGAAGAAAGAGGCGGAGGAGAAGGCUGCGAGAGCGAGGAGACGCAGCGACGGGGUGGACGAGGACGUCGAAGGCGAGGAAGAAGCCGAGGACGACGCAGAUACGGCUGCUGCUGCCACUCUGAUCCGUUCCUCGCUCGUCCAGCUUGGCCUGCCUACGCGUGCUGUGACAAAGGAAAUGGCGAGGGAUGAGGCAGAGUAUCAUGAGGGUCUAGCAAGAGAGCUGGCAAGCGUCUUGCUCAUCGGAUCUAGCGGGGCAUCGCCUGGCUUGAUGGCUAAGGGCAAGGUGCUCGCGAAGGGGGCUUCUUGGCCCACGAUCAAUGCCACGGCUGCAGGGGAUGGCGAAGAGUCUGAUACAUUCGACGAUCUCCCCUCUGACCUACUUAGCGCGCCAGCCUCCUCCUCUUCCUCUACACCUCCACCCCGUGGGAUCCUCGGUCUAGACGAAGUCUGGGUGCUCUGGAAUCGCCUCCGAGGUUUUGGAGCCCUCCUACCUCCUUCACUUCUACUGGCCGUGCUACCUAUCUUGCCGCGCAUCACGAAACCGAGCAUCGAUGUGCGAGUCUUCCCGGGCACAGCGGGAGGAGAGGGGCUCAAGGUGCUGCACACCCCACGUUUCGGCUCUCAGCGCUUCGCGAGACGGACGGUCAGGCGCUUAUUGGCCAGGGAGGGGGAGGAGAGGCGGGAGAAGGGAGGAGAUCGCAAGGUCCCACUGGAGGGUUUGACAACGCUUCGCCUUGCUCAGCUCGAGGGGUUGUCCCUGCGGCUCACGUACGACCUGCUUGCUGCGGUCGAGGCGGACACACGGGCAAUUGUGCGUGACGAUGGUGGUGGUGCAACGGGCGGAGGUGAUGGGACGCAGUGGUUCCGCAACAUAUUUGAGGAGCUUGCUAGGCGCGAUGGGCUCCUCGAUGGCGAUCGCAGCGACAAUGGUGGAGUGGAAGUGUAGCGUAGGGUUGACGAUGCUGAGACGAGAGAGCUGCUGCGCCAUUCUUGUAGGGUCAUAGAGCAACGAUGCAACUGUACAAUCACAUCGCAACGCCACGUCACCACCACCCCUCGAGAUACUGAAGAAGUGGUAGUAUUGCUGGCAGCGAGGAUAGAUCCUCAUCCAGUCGCCCUGGUCUGCAUACGAUCGGCUGGUGACGAGACACUCCCCUCAUCGAUCGACUCGCUCCACACCUGCCCUUCCCCCUCACCUUCGCCAAACCAUUCCGCCUCACCUUGUUC